UCAGUUGUCGACUGAGAAUCGAUCAUUUCAGUUGUAUCGUAGAAAUAGCUCAGGCUUCAGUGUAGUAUUUGGUUAUUUGCACUUUUUUUUUAAAUAAAAAAUGGCUCGAAUUGCGAUCAUUUUUUUAACGUUUGUUUGUGUGUUUGGUGGUGCAACCUUUGUGAAGUCGAUCGAAGAAGAUUUCAUAAGACUUCCCUUGACGUCUCUUCAUUCUCGUAGUCGACGUAAGGCCGACGUGGUCGAUCCAAACGCAAAGAAAGUGAAUUUGUGGAAUGAUAGAAAUCUUCAAUAUGGCAUAAACAUCACUGUUGGCACUCCGCCUCAGCCGUUCAUUUUGCAUCUCGACACUGGCUCUGCUGAUGUCUGGGUUCCGUCAGUGAAUGGAGAUUGUCCGUAUUUGUGCAAGGCAGUAAAUAAAUACGAUUCAAGCAAAUCAUCCACGUACAAAGAAAUUCCAGGAAAAACAUUCACUCUUGGAUACGAAACGGGUGGAUUGAGCGGUAGCGUAGCAGAAGAAACUAUUUCGUUCGCCGGUUUGGAAAUCAAAAAUCAAGUUAUCGGCAUUGGUGAGAAUCAAGAUACUGAUUUGAACAGUUAUCCGCUUGAUGGAAUUAUCGGCUUUCCAUGGUCUGGUGCGACAUCACAAACUGAUCCAAAAUCAACAAUACUUGGGAAUUUGCAUAAGAACGGUCACAUCAAAAAACGGUUCGCCUGUCUUAAACUACAUCAAGUGAAUGAACAGCCGGGUGGCGAACUCUUACUUGGUGGCUGUGAUGUUGAGGCUGAACAUUGGGGACGCGUGUAUGGCAAUGGUUAUUGGGAAAUACCAAUCGAUAAAGUAGAAGCAUUCGGAACUGACGGCAAUAGUCUAGACUCUAUUUGCGGUCCUGGCAGUUCAGUACCGGACUGUCGAGCAACAUUUGACACUGGAGCGGCCGUCAUUGGUGGACCAUCAUACCUCAUUGAUCCGAUUGCAUCAAAGCUUGGAGCAUCUAAAUAUGAUGAAAAUAUAAACGAUUACAUCGUUGAUUGUGAUGAUCAAACGUUGGGCAAUUUGGAGUUUACUUUUGGAAAAUUCAAAGUUGUUAUGACACCAGGCGAUUAUCUUUCAAAGGAUGGGAAUACAUGCACAUUAGGUUUUGCACGUUUGGAUGAUUUAUCAGCACUUUUAUUAGGUGAUCCAUUCCUUAGAAAAGUGACACUCCUUAUGAAUCAGGAAAAAGAUGAAGCCGGCCUUGCCAAAUCGAACAUUGAUAAGCCCGUCGCACGGCCAACUUGAAUCGCUAACGGACGAAAAGUUAUAAAAAUGUGUAAUAAAUAUUUGAAUAAAGUAAAAACAGCUGUAUAAAAAAGGUUUAUGGGAAAAAAAUAAUAAAAUUAAUGGGAAUCAAAAAA